AGCAGCCGCUCAGCUGCAACAGACACAGCCGACAGCUCGCGACUUGUUUCUCUUCUUCUGCUUCUGCUUCAAGCUCCGGUCCGGCACACAAACCCAACCAAGCUCAAUACAGUAGCCUAUCAUUGGGCCUCAGCUCCGAUCUCCCCAGGUUCGUAUCAAUCUCCAUUUCCCUUAGUUCCAAGGCUACGAGCGCCAGUACAGCGAGCUCACCAACAAGUGCACGAUAGCUGCUGGGCUUCAUGGAGAGGUUUGAUGAAUUGGUAGACAGCCAAAGUUGAAAUUGGAGUAGAGAAUCUAGGAAUAUGGAGUGCAAUAGAGAUGAGGCCAUCAGGGCAAAAGAGAUUGCAGAGAAGAAGUUUGCGGCAAGAGAUGUAAUGGGAGCCAAGAAAUUUGCUUUGAAGGCUCAGAAUUUGUAUCCGGGACUGGAAAAUUUACCCCAAAUGUUGGCAACUCUUGAUGUACAUGUUGCUGCAGAGAAUAGAAUUGAUGGGGAGGUAGAUUGGUAUGGGAUACUUGGCUUGGAGCCAAGAGCAGAUGAUGAGACGGUGAGGAGACAAUAUAGGAAGCUAGCUCUUAUGCUUCACCCCGAUAAGAACAAGUCUAUCGGAGCUGAUGGAGCGUUUAAGCUACUUUCCCAGGCGUGGAGUUUAUUGUCUGACAAAGCUAAGAGGGGAGCUUAUGACCAGAAGAGGAAGGCUUCCACUUCACAGACCCCUCCUGGAGGCAAUGGCUUUUACAAUUUCACGAAAAGUUCAACAUCCGGUCCCAAGCCUCCAAAGAGUAAUUCAAAGGCGGCUCGUUCUUCAGCGACUGGUUCAAAUGCUAAAUCAAAAACCAGUACCUUUUGGACCGUUUGUCACAAGUGCAGGAUGCAGUAUGAGUACAUGAGAGUUUAUCUUAACCAUAACCUUCUCUGCCCGAAUUGCCAUGAAGCAUUUUUUGCUGUGGAAAUAGCUCCGCCACCUACAGGUUCCUCCAAGUCAUCCACCUCAUGGAAUCCAUCACAUCAGCGACAGAAUUCAAAUCAUGACAAGAGCUCGUGUAAUACAGGAAGAAGUAGAGAUAUAGGAGGAUUCACCGAGUCAUAUCACCAAAGCAACUUCCAGUGGGGUCCGUUCUCCAAGUCAUCUGGUGCUUCUUCAGCUGCCCAAGCUGCAAGCGUGGUUCAACAGGCAUACGAGAAAGCAAAGAGAGAGCGUGAGGACGCACAAGCAACAACAAAAAGAGAGGAGGCCUUACGGAGGAAGCAACAAGCCUCCUUCAAGAAAGUGAGUGGUGCUUCAUCUAAUGCAGCAAAGAGAAGAAGAGGAAUAUAUGAUGUUGGAGACAGCUUCAAGCCUCCAAGGGACGUUGCAAAUCAAAUGGGUGGGGUAGCUGGAGCUGCUAACUUUUCUGGACCUAGGCAGCUUAAUUUUGAGACAGGUAGGGUCAACGGAACCACUAAGUUCAGUAUAACAAGGGAGUUGUCUGUGCUUGAAGCUCAGAAUAUACUAGUGCACAAGGCUAGGAAGGAAAUUCGCAGGAAACUGAAUCAGCAGAAAUCUGAAACUGCAGUCAAACAGGUGGGAAAUGAGAGUGAGAUGGAGAAAUCGUUGAAAAACGUUGAUGCAAAGUGUGAUCAGAACAAGUCUUGUGAGCCACUGGAUAGAAAGAAUGGAGCUAAUGAAAGGAAACAUUCCGGCACUUCUAGUGACGUGGCAGAUGCAGAAACCUUGCAGUCAAUGACGAUAAGUGUUCCAGAUUCAGAUUUUCAUGAUUUUGACAGGGAUAGAACUGAAGAGUCUUUUGGAGAAAAUCAGGUCUGGGCUGCAUAUGACGACGAUGAUGGGAUGCCUCGAUUUUAUGCCAUAAUUCAUAGUGUGAUAUCUUCAAACCCAUUCAAAAUGCGGAUCAGUUGGCUUAACUCCAAAACAAAUAGUGAAUUGGGCCCUUUAAACUGGGUUGCUUCCGGUUUCACAAAAACAUGUGGAGAGUUCAGAGUUGGCAAGUAUGAGAUCAAUAAAUCACUCAAUUCUUUUUCGCACAAAGUUCGGUGGACAAAAGGUGGAAGGGGGACUAUCUGUAUAUAUCCCAAGAAAGGCGAUGUUUGGGCUCUCUAUAGGAAUUGGUCCCCUGACUGGAAUGAAUUGACAGCUGACGAAGUAAUUCACAAGUAUGAUAUGGUAGAAGUGGUUGAAGACUAUAAUGAAGAACUAGGUGUAACGGUAACUCCUCUGGUGAAGGUGGCCGGUUUCAAGUCUCUGUUUCACAGGCAUUUGGAUCCUAGAGAGGUUAGGAGAAUUCCUAGAGAAGAGAUGUUCCGAUUCUCUCAUCAUGUUCCUUCAUAUUUACAUACAGGUCUAGAAGCAGCAAAUGCCCCAAAGGGUUGUCGAGAGCUUGAUCCAGCAGCUACACCGUUGGAACUUCUUCAAGUAAUAACUGAUGCGAAAGAUGAAGAGAAUAUAGAGACAGAUAAGAAACCUAAGGAAACUUAUGUAAUAGUUGUUGAUGUUGAAAAUACUGAUGUGAAAGAUGAAGAGAUUAUGGAGACGGAUGAGAAAUCUAAGGCAGUUGAUGUGAUAGAUGUUGAUGUUGAAAAUACUUAUGGUAUAGAGGAUAUAGCAGGGAAUCCUAGAACUCUCGGGGAAGAAGAGAAAGGGAGUUCAGUCACUCCAGUAAUAGAAAUUGAAGAGAGCCAAGAGACAAAGCAAGAUGAAAGAAUGGAGCAGGCUUCGGAAGUCCAAGUUGGUUGAAUUUGGUGUACAUGAUUCAAUAUGGACAGAUUCUUCUUACUUGGUUUAAAAUUGGAGAAGCAGAGAAAAGGACUGAAGGUCUCUUUUCUGCAGGUCACAACUCCAAUUGGGGCUACAUUCAAGGAUUUCAGAGGUGCAAGCUACACCUUAUUGCAGUCCAAGAGUUCCAUUUAUGUAGCUUAGCCCCAUAGUUUUCUUGCUUCUUUGUAUCCGGAUGCUGUGAAUUUGCAUUAAAUUCUAUAAGAUUACAUACUUAAUUGUAAAACAGUACUGUUAUUUAUUUAUUUACUAUAUACCAUUUGUUGAGUA